CAACAAUCGUUGCUUCUGAACAAGCUUUUUCGGUUGCUGGCAAUACACUUACUCGCACCAAAAAUCGUUUGUUACCUGAGACAGCAAGAGCUAUUCUCUGCGUUAAAAGUUGGAUUAAAAUGUUCAACGUUAAUUAG